GAGUUGUCUGGGAUGAAUUCACAAAGCAUCUUGAUGACGCAAUUUCCAAAGAAUUUCCAAAUUUAAAUGAGUUGAGGGGAUCACCCAAUCCUGCUCUCGACUCUUCAGUCAAAGAUUGAUAUGUCGCUUAUUCAAUCUGGAACUAAGGUUAGCAACAGGAAAUCUCUUAAAAGGAAGCCUCCCACACCAUGGUGGGACGAAAAAUGCGCUGCUAUACACAAAGAGAAGGUGGAUGCGUUUCAUGAGUUUAAGAAAAGACCUAAUAUCGAUAACAUUAACAAAUACAAUGAGAUAUGUAAAUCAGUUAAAAAAAGGCUUAAAAAAAUCAAGAGAGAUAAGUACAAAGAGAGUGAAGUAAAAAUUCAAUCGGCUAAAGAUACAUUUCAUAAUGUAGUUCAUGAGAAAUCCUCGGGUAACAUAAAUAACUCAUUUGUGAAGGAUAAUAAAAAGGAAAAAGAUAUUACGACUCAUCCAUCAUUCGAGAAGAAUGGAGAAUCGCCUGGUCCUGAUAUGAUCUCCUAUGCAGUUAUAUCACAUUUUCCAGAGGUGAUGUUUGAGGUCCUUCUGGCUAUAUUUAAUGCAAUGUUUUUCUCUGGAAACUUCCCUGCUAAGUGGAAAGAGUAUUAUAUGGUCUUCAUACCUAAAGCUGGAUCGGACAAAACGAGGCCCAUUUCGUUGGCUAACACAAUUUUUAAAAUUAUGGAAAGACUCGUUAAGACCAGGUUGGAAUGGUGGCUAGAGGCUCAUUGUAUUCUGCUUCCAUAUCAAAAUGGAUUCAGGAGGGGUAGAUCUUGUGCACUAAGUAUCUUGACACUGCAGACAUUUAUUGCAGAAGCGUUUAAGGAGGGUUGUAGGGUGGGAGUAAUAUUUAUUGACAUAAAAGGUGCGUUUGAUAAUGUUAAUAGUCUAAAAUUACUUAGAAUUAUAAGAGGGGAAGACCUUGGUAUACCGGACUGUUAUGUCAAAUUUAUAGAAUUUAUAUUAUUUCAUAAAAAAGUUAAUGGUUAUUUUAAUGGUCAUUACUUAGGUGAAAGAAUUGGAUCAGUGGGGGUUCCGCAAGGAUCCGUGUUGAGUCCUUUGUUAUUUAACUUAUACAUGUCUAGGAUACAUUUGAAUCUGGAAAAGGAUAUACACAUUAUCUCUUACGCUGAUGAUGUUAUUUUUUACAAGAAUAAAAAUAUUAAAGAAAUUUCGUUUAAACUCAAUUGGGCCCUAAAAAUGUUGGAUAUCAACCUAGCUAGACUUAAUUUGGACAUAUCAACUGACAAGACAAAAUGGAUCCUAUUUGAUCAAAAGAGAAGGUUUAAUACAAACCAGAAUUUUAUAAUUACCCAUAGCCUAAAUAUAACUUUAUCAGACAAUAUUAUCCCUUUAGUUCGUUACUGUAAAUAUUUGGGAUAUAUCUUUGAUUCUAAAAUGAAUUGGUCAUUCCAUAUAUUAAGUCUCAGGAAAUCCUGCAUAAUAAGGAUUAAUUUAUUAAAAGGGUUUGCAGGUAUAAAAUGGGGAGCUCAUCCAUUGAUGCUGGAAUUGGUUUAUAAAGGACUGAUUAGGUCGGUCCUUGACUGGGGCGGUAUAGUUUUACUAGAUUGUCCUGGGAAAAAAAUUAAUAUCCUUAAUAAAAUCCAGUACAGAUGUAUACGAUUGGUCUUGGGUCUAAUGAUUUCCACUCCCACGAAUAUUCUGUUGGAUCAGAUGGGAGAAUGGCCGUUGAAGUAUAGAUGGAAAUAUUUAACCUCUAAGAUUAUCCUUAAAAGUCUCAUUUUGGGCCCGAACGCCUUGAUUGAGGUUAAAAAAGGUAAUUAUUGGUAUGAUAAAAAUGAUUACGGAAAUAAGAAAUCGCAGGCGGGUAUGGACAGAUUGACCGAGGCUACGAUAAAAUCUCUUGAUCUCGAUAUUGAGGUGUACUACACGGAUGGUUCCAUACAGAGUGGUGGUGGCGCUGGGUUUGGGGUCUACUCGCCCUGUCCGGAGGUCAGAGAGGCUAUUAGGGUUCACGACUCCUUGACUAUCUCGUUUGUCGAGGGUUUAGCCCUUUUGAGAGCAGUUAAUUUGGGUUUAGCCCUUUUGAGAGCGGUUAAUUUGGUAAGAGAUCAUGCAAAGAAGAAAGUUGGGAUAUUCACGGACUCCCUUAGUUCUCUUAUGAUGCUUAAUAACAUGGAUCUAAAAGGAAAAUGCAAGAAAAUAUACUAUGACAUCAAAAGUGCAGUCCACGCUGCAGCUAAAAAAGAUGUGGACAUCUCUUUCAUAUGGAUCCUCAGUCAUCGAGGAAUCCCAGGAAAUCAUCUGGCGGAUAUGUUGGCUGGUCUUGGAGCAAUUAGCACCGAAACACCGUUGGAUGAGCUUUGCUACCAGAAUAUAGAUGACGUCAUACUACGUAAUAAAACUUCUAUUCGUAUCGAAGCCAUUCAGGAGCUGGAAAAUGAAUUUCUAGACAAAGGAAGCAGAUACAGGAGUAAAAUUGAGUCUGUAAUGCAAAAGCCGUGGUUCAAAGACACCUGGGAGGUGAACAGAAGCGUUAUGGGUGUAUAUCAGUUGGACACAGAGCACAAAACAUAUCCUGUUCAAUUGUCCAAAGUUCAAUUGUACCAAAAGGAAUCGGAUCAUUUACUAGCCAAAUUAUCGCAAAUCGAUUGUGAAUUCUCAGCUGAUUUGAUUCAUAACCGAGCUUUCGAUUUGAAGCAUAUUAAAACAUUUAAAGAAAAAGACAAUUUUCUGAGAAGCACAUACCAAAGCCUAUAG